AUGUUGCCACGUAAAAAGGCACGCCCCAAUCCGGCCGAAUCAGCCGUGAACAACGACUCUCAGACCCUGGUCAGCAACUCAACAACAGAGGCCCCUACGUCACAAUCACAGGCAUCAAAAGCAUCACCUGCAGUAGAGGCGGAUCACAACAACAACGCAAAAGCGCCAUCAACACAGCAGAUCAUGGGUGACACGGGCUCCACAGCGCAGAAUAAGAGCAAAGACGUUCGGAAAACGAAGAGCUGGUACGGUUCCUGGCAACGACCCUCCAAAGCCUCGGCAUCUACAUCGGUCGCAAAGGAAAACAUUUUUGGAGGGUCCGUCAAGUUAAAUAAAACAUCAGAUCUAAGUCGAUACGAAGCGAGGAAAGGCGACGAUAACGCUAGUAUUCGAAGUACGGCCGGAACGAUUAAGACGAUGCCAAAGGUUUCCGAGACCAAGUCCGAUGUGACUAUGACAGAAGAAAGCGCGCAAGCCGAAUCGCAGACUCGGAAAAAAUCCGAUCCCGAACCAUCGCGGGAGUCGUCCAAGGUCAUGGGGACUCGAGAGCCACUAAAAGAUACAGACAUUGCAGAAACGAUGCCACCCAAGGCACCCGAGUCGAAGACCGAUGAUAAUCAAGAUCAAUCCGAUACUCGUACUGAAGCAACCGUGUCACAGACGGACCUCCAACGUCCAGCAACAUCGUCAGGGUGGCUUGGAUGGUGGUCGAAAACACCUUUCACAGAGACGCAGGCCGCUCCAGCGCCUGAUCUAAAUGGUACACCAACAGCUGAAGCCGAGGCCACCAAGGAAGCGGAUGAACCGAGGCCUGUCACUCCACCCGCUCAAACGACAUCUACAGAUCAAGUCGCAUCACCUAAAAGCAUAAAGGCUCCACAGUCAACGUCUUGGUUCAGUUAUUGGUAUCGAACGGCUGAGUCUGUCAAGACUUCAGAAGAUAAGCAGGACACUCAACCACAACCAAGUACAGAUGCACCCUCUGAGGAUGUCACCAUGAAGGAUGCGCCGCCUCCACAUCAGCAUGAGCCGCCGCCCAAGGCUGGCUCGACUUGGGUGUUUUGGUCUAAGGAAUCACCAAAGUCAAAGGAUAGUACACCAAUGCCGGAGUCGGGAGAAGUGGCUAUCAUGGGUGAGGGGUCAGAGGCUCACCCUCGACCUAUGGCAGAAUGCGAUGUAUCGCCAACCAAGGGCAGCGCAAAGGCUGAUGCGAAAUCGAAAGAAGCUCAGGCGACGAUGAAGUCAGGAUGGAUGAAGAAAAGCAAGCGCGGUAGACCACAGUCGAUGGAUCUGGAUCCUCCAUCACCGUCUGUAUCUGGUACUUCCACCCCUACCAGUACAACACCCGCAACACAAGAUAUCGACAAAGCGGCAGUCAAGGCUUCCUCCAGUCCGUCGAUUUCCGAAUCAGAAGCAUCAUCGAAAACCUCUACAAAUCUUCUUCUGCCAUCUUUCUCCAGUACUUACCACAUGAAGGAGAACCCAUCCAUCUUGAAGCAAUUAACACAGUUCCUUCUUCGCACACAACAGGCUCCCCCGAACCAUGUUGUCCGAGUGGACAAUCCCCCCAAGAUCCGAAAGGCCAUUGCAAUCGGCGUCCAUGGCCUGUUUCCUGCGACUUACCUACGUCCCAUGAUUGGCCAGCCAACAGGCACAUCUCUUCGUUUCGCAGCGCUUGGUGCUGAGGCGAUCCGGAGAUGGACCGAGUCCCAUGGAUGUGGUGAUUGCGAGAUCGAAAAGGUCGCCUUAGAAGGAGAAGGGAAAAUCAGAGACCGGGUUGACAAUUUGUGGAAUCUUAUGCUCAACUGGAUUGACCACAUUCGGAGUGCUGACUUCAUUUUGAUUGCUUGUCACUCUCAGGGCGUUCCUGUGAGCAUCAUGCUACUCGAGAAACUUAUUGAUCUUGGCAUUAUCACAAAUGCAAAAGUUGGUGUCUGUGCCAUGGCUGGAGUGGCUUUGGGUCCAUUCCCGGACUACAAGUCUGGCCUGUUGAUGGGCUCGGCAGCUGAGUUGUGGGAAUUCGGAAAUCCAGAGAGUGACAAUUCGAAGCGUUUCGAGAAAGCUCUCAAGCGGGUAGUAGACUACGGAACUCGUAUCACAUUCAUUGGCAGCAUCGAUGACCAAGUCGUGCCAAUGGAGUCUGCUAUUUAUUCGCCAGCAAAUCACCCUUACAUCUACCGGGCUGUCUUCAUUGACGGGCGUGUCCAUGCCCCUGACUUCAUUGCCCACCUGGUGGGUUUUGCUCUUAAGCUUCGCAACCUCGGCGUUUCUGAUCAUGGCUUGAUCCGCGAACUUUCCGUGCCUCUAGCCGGAUCUCUUUACUCUGGUGCUGGCCACUCUCGCCUUUAUUAUGAUGAUGCAGUUUACGAUCUUGCUAUUGCACACGCACUUGAGACAGCACCUGCUGGCCCGUCACCACCGCCCUGCACGAUCUCCCCGCGGGGCGGGCCUCUGACAUCUCAAAACCCGUAUGUCCUACCAUGGAUCAUGCGAGGCCUACUUGAAGAAAGCUUCGUACGAACCGAGUUGAGCAACGAGGCAGAUGAGUUGCUUCGGCAAUUCGAUGACUGGAAACCCACCAACAAAGCUCUUAAGGACGUCAAGUAUCGCCUUGAGGCAGUCCGAUCUAAACUUUGA